AUGGAUCUUUCAAGGAAUAAUUUCUAUGGUACACUGGCGUCGUGGAUUGGAGACUUGGUAAAUUUAAGAUAUCUGCAACUAAGCCACAACUUGCUGCAUGGAGAUAUUCUACCGAAUAUCACCAAUCUAUAUUGCCUUCGUCAUUUGAAUUUAGCCAGAAAUAGUAUAUCUGGAGUUAUACCAUCCUCUUUGUCAAAAUUAACUGCUAUGACACAAGCAAACUCAAAGAAACAUGGGACCGACAAGUCUUGUAGGUCCAACAACUACGGAGGUAUGACAAAAGAAGUUUGGCUUGUUGUAAUGAAGCGCCAAGAACUUGAGUAUGGCAUUGGAUUUUUUGAUGUGCUUAGUAUUGACCUAUCGCUCAACAAAUUAGUUGGUGGAAUUCCAGACGAGUUAACUUCUCUUAAUGGACUGUUGAAUUUAAACUUAUCAUGGAAUCACUUGGCUGGUCAAAUUCCUUCAAGGAUUGGGGCUAUGGAGUCAAUUGAGUCACUGGACCUCUCAAGGAACAACCUUUGUGAUGAGAUCCCGACAAGCUUGUCAAAUUUGACAUAUUUAAGUUCAUUGGACUUGUCAUAUAACAAGCUUGCUGGAAGAAUUCCCCCAGGCAGUCAACUUGACACAAUCUACUCCGAGAACCCGUCCAUAUAUACUGGUAACAUUGGCCUGUGUGGCCCUCCUCUCGAAAGGAAUUGCUCAGGAAACAAUGGCGUUGAGCAUGUCAAUCAACAAAACAGUGAGAAGAUCUACGACCCGGUGUUAUUCUUUUACUUUGGACUUGGGUCUGGGUUUGUGGUUGGCCUCUGGGUCGUAUUUUGCACUCUACUAUUCAACAAAGCAUGGAGAGUUGCCUAUUUUCGACUCUUCGACAAGUUGUAUGACAAUGCAUAUGUGUUUGUGGUUGUUACUUGGGGCAUGAUAAAUGACGAGGAAACUACAGGUUGAGCACUCUUAGAUGACAAGCAGAUGGUGUUGUCAUCAUAGUAUGUAGUGGGCUCUAUGAAUAAGUGAUGUUGACCAUGUAUUUUCUUAGUAGUUGGCACUAGUAGGUGCUUUUUUUUAUCCUCUAAUAGUUCAUGUAAUUGAUUGUUCUUGGUUUGUACACUGAAUAAGACCCAACAGAUACAACAAAAUAAU